AUGUCGCCUCAGAGACCAUCGUUUGAUGCCCUACCUUUACGCAAAGAUGGACCUCCAGGGAAUGCUUGGGGGAUGUUUGGCGAUGAAGAUCAGAUGGGCAUGCUCAAUCUAUUGACCCCGGAAAACACCGCCGCGGCUGCUCGCGAGAUUGUUGACGGCGUGCGUGUCUCAACAGAUUGGGCUCUCAAUAGUAUGGCGACCCCCUGCUUUGGACGGUCUUCGUUCGAGCAUAUCAUCAAGAACAAGGCUCCCCGGAUAGUCAACGAUGAUAUCUUGACUUUCAACACCCAGAGUAGUAGUCAAUGGGAUGGUUUCAGACAUUAUGGCUCAAAGCAAGGAACUUACUUCAAUGGGUGUACCCAGGACGACAUCCAAAAUUCCACUCUAAAUGGCAUCCACGUCUGGGCCGAUAACGGCGGUAUUGUUGGACGGGGUGUUCUGUUAGACUAUGCGGGCUGGGCGGCAGCGAACGGGAAAGAAGUGAAUUGCUUUGAAACCCAGUCAAUCCCGGCCUCUGUACUCCAGGAGGUAGCUGCUAGUCAGAAUACUACAUUCCGGCCAGGAGAUAUCUUAUUUAUUCGCACGGGCUGGACCCGAGCGUACGAACAGCUGUCCAAGGCGGAAUGCCAGAAACUGGCCGACUAUGCAGCACCUCCAGUGAUUGGGGUAGAAUCGUCCGAGGCCACCCUGCGCUGGAUUUGGGAUCUUGGAUUAGCCGCCGUGGCGGGAGAUAUGCCGAGCUUUGAAGCAUAUCCAUGCCAGAAUCAGGUUUUCUCUCUCCAUGAAUGGUUGCUAGCGGGAUGGGGUGUCCCGAUUGGCGAAUUAUUCGAUCUCGAGCAGCUUAGCAAGGAGUGCCGCAAGAGAGACCGUUGGACCUUUUUCUUUAGUAGCGUGCCAUUGAAGGUUCCUGGUGGGGUUGCAAGCCCCCCGAAUGGCGUUGCUAUAUUUUGA